AGGGCAUAUAAAUGUCAGCCUGAGUAUGUCUCGGUGAUAUGCACUGAAAGCAUCAUAAAUAAGGAACUCUGGGAGAAGCCUGCCUUCCUUUUUGUAAGCAUGCUAUUCUGUCACAAGAUUUCACUUCUCCUUGGCCUUCUCACCCCUCUUGUAUUGGCCACCAGCCAUCAGGAGCCACACAGUGAAUGCCAAGAGUUUCCUCCAAACAUGCCAUUGUAUACCAUAGAAGGAGAAGCUGUGGUGCUCAAGUGUUCAUUUGUAGAGUUCUUCAAAACCCACCUGUCCGUGUCUAGCUUCAGCAUUGAAUGGCUCGAUAAUAAUAAGCAGGUCAUACCUCACGACGGAGAGCGGAUCCACAGCGAGGGGGAUUUGCUUUGGUUCUUAUCGACUCUUCCUACUGACUCUGGAAACUAUAUUUGCAGGCAGAGGAACACUUCUUACUGCAUCUCUAGCACACUUUCAAUAACAGUGUAUGAAGAGAAAGGCUACAAUCUUGACGACAUUGCUUAUGUUAACAAAGCUAUAGCUGCCAGCACAGGGAUGAUAAAUUGUCCAAAUUUAGAGGAGUACAAGAAAAGAGCUGGGAAAUUGGAUCUUAAAUGGUACAAGGACUCCAAUCCUUUAUCUAAUGCAGAAGGAAAGCACCUAUACAGGAGCGGAGAGCGCUUUCUACUCAUUAAAAAUGUAGACUCCCAAGACCAAGGCUACUACACCUGCGAGCUCACCUUUUAUGUAAACAGCACCCAGUACAAAGUGACAAGGACUAUUAGCCUGCAGAUUUUAGCUCCCCUGAUUAAACCCAGUAUAGUUUAUCCACUGAAUAACACAAUCAAGGUCAGCCUAGGAACCAAAGUAACAAUUCCAUGCAGGGUGUUCUUUGGAUCACAAAGCCUGCAAUAUCCACGGAUUGAAUGGUUUGCCAAUAAUUCCUACCCCAAUUCUGUUGGCAAGAGAAUGAUGGAAGGAGAAAACAUCCUAGUUGAAAAUGUGCAAGGAAAAUAUCUUGAAGUACCUUUGAUCAUUGAUGGUGUUCAUCAGGAUGAUGCCAGAACUGAAUUUAAGUGCGUUGCAAAGAAUGGCAUUGGAUCUCACACUUCAGGUUUUCAGAUUCAGCUUGCAGAUGAUUCGUCUCGACCAGUAAUAAUCCAUCCACUAAAUGGCACCAUUAAAGUGAUGCAAGGUUCCAGUCUGAUUAUUCCUUGUAAAGUUUCCACUCGACCUCAGACAUUAUCAGCAACAAAAGUCGCAUGGUCUGCCAACGGCGUAGUUAUCGAAGACUCUUACGACGACAAGCGGAUCUUUCAAGGACCACAAUUCAUAUCAUCCAACAAUGGAGACAGCUAUAUGGAACUGGACCUCAUUUUUGAUGAAGUGCGAGAGGAAGAUACCAACACUGAGUUUAAAUGUAUUGCAGUGAAUUUUGCAGGCUCUGACCAAACUGUUGUUCACAUCAAACUGGAAGAUGUCACCCUAACAUGGCUUUUAGUUGGAUCCAUUGGGGCAUUUUGUUUUCUCACUGUGGUGUUCAUAUUUUUGUGGAAUAUUCUUAAGCCCACCUCUAAAAAAGAAUACACCUUGGCACAAUCCUAAAGAUCUUUUUAUAAGCUGUUACCUUAGUAUAUCACAUGAUGAUACCUCUAUUCUGACUGGUGACAUCAGCACUCUGACCUGCAAUGCCUUUUGAGGUGAUCUACAUCCCUUUCAUCUAUAGCAUUUGGCAGGUUUUUACUUUUUUAAAACAGUGCUAACAUAGACAGGUCUGUAAACACACAAAGGUCACAAGAAAAGUGCCUUCACGCAAUUCUCCUGACUGCAAUUCUUUUUCAAGAAUCAACUAUGAUGUGAAGGUUAAGGGCUUCUUUGUUACUUCAGUGUACUAGUUUGUCCCAUUUUAGGAGGAGAGAGUGCACCUCUCAGCUAAGGAAAAUGCUACAUCCAAUGCAACAGGAAUAUUCAGCAUUGCUGUUUAAGCAUGGAAAAUAAUAUGAAGAAGGCACAGCUGAAACAUCAAAUGUUAUGAAGAAAGCAUACCCACAAGCCCAUCUCUGUUCAGAUACUGUGAUCACAGUCUUGAGAGGAAUUAUUGAAGACUACUAUGUCCCAUUCCACAGCUCCUGUGUCUCAUGGCUGUCUGCCACAGGAAACCCUUGAAUAAUAUACAAAUCUGGGCAUCUGGAAGCUCAAUGUGAAAUAUAACAAAUAAACUAUUCUUUCGCUUCAUUAAUUGGCGGACCUACAUUUUUGGGGCCCUGAAGCCUGAACUGUUAUGGGGGCCACUUUGUAACCAGCACUGAGGUCUAGGUAACCCCUGUUAUCUUCUUAAGUGGGGUUGUUCCAGGACGGAUCACUACAAUUUUAUUUUUUUAAUUUAACCACUAUUUCUCAUAUUUUAAUUAAAAUUGAUGUACUAGAUUAUCUCACAUAUCACAGUCACUGGUGUGAAUAAAAACUUCUCAUGCCUUAUACCUUUAAAAUUAUAAGGGUAUGAAAAUUAAAGUCGCUUCUGGGGUUCCUCCAGGAUUAGGGGUUUCAUGGUAGGCCCACCCUGACUUUCCUUCACCAUUUCCUUUACCAGAGUCAAAUUGCUGGUAAGAUCAGGGUUCAGUGCUCUUAACCUGACCUACAAAUCCAUGCAGGUUUGAUUGCAUGCUUAUCUUUCUGUCUUUCAUGCUUUUGGCUUACUUAUUGCUCCUCUUCAAUCCACAUGCUACACAACAUUUUUUCUAUUCUUGCUCUCAGGAUGUGGAAUAUGAAUUUCUCUUUUCUGUCUAAAUGUUUUUAGCAUAUUGGCACUCCUUGAAGAGACACAUCAGCACACAACUCUUUGCUAUUGGUCAAGUCUUGUAAUUAUUGGCACUGGUUUUCACUUUUAGCACCUUUAUUGAAGUCCACUGCCUUUAGUUUUCUGUACUUCUGUAUGUUGUCUGGCUUGUUGUUUUGCCCUUUUCCACAUUAAUCUUAAUAGAUUGUGUUUACAUUGCACUGUUUUUCAGUCACACAUGUGUAUUGUAUGCAUCCUUAUUUUUGUACUUCCUCUUAUAUAAACGCAUUAAAGACUAUUAAGUUUAAUAAA